CCCUUUUAGCCUCUUCUCCAACAAAUCAAAAUCGAAAAAAAAAAGUAGUGGAGUGGAGACACACGAUAUAUAAUUGCCUUCUCUUCCUCUCGCUUCGUUCAUUUUACAACUCCAUCUCCUUCUCUCUACAUCCCAUUUUUUCCGAUCAAAAUCUCUCCUAAAUUCUUUCUUCCCCAAUAUUAUUUGCCUUCUAAUCGCACCGGGGGAAAAAAAUAAAUAUAACAUGGCCAUGGCAAUUGCAGCAGGCUAUGGCCAAAUCCCCUUCGACGAGGAGAUGCAGAAGAGCUUCCGGCCCCCGCCCUCUCCCACCGGCGCCGGCGACGACGACGGCGCCGACCACCAGCUUCUCAAACCCUACAAGAAAUCAAAACGCCUCGCUUCUCUCGACGCCUUCCGAGGCCUCUGCGUCCUCCUGAUGAUUGUGGUCGAUUAUGGAGGUUCUGUUUUCCCAAUAAUUGGUCAUUCACCGUGGAAUGGGCUUCACUUGGCGGAUUUUGUGAUGCCCUUCUUUCUCUUCGUCGUUGGUAUCUCAAUUGCCCUCGUCUACAAGAAAGAGCCAAAUAGAUCAGAAGCCACAUGGAAAGCAGUGGGCAGAGCAGCCAAAUUAUUUCUGUUGGGUAUUCUUCUACAAGGAGGUUUCCUUCACGGGCUGAACUCGCUCACCUACGGUGUUGAUUUGGAAAGAAUACGCCUGCUUGGAAUCUUGCAGAGAAUAUCAAUUGGGUACCUUGUUGGAGCUCUUUGUGAGAUCUGGCUCUCACGCAGAACAAGGAGAGAAGUUGGAAUCCUGACAAGCUACUACUUGCAUUGGGUUGCAGCAUUUGCUAUUAUUGCAGUGUAUCUCGGGUUGUUAUAUGGCCUAUAUGUUCCAGACUGGCAAUUUUUUGUACCUGGACAAGGUUACUCCGACCUUCCACUCGAUGCCCGUGCCUACACGGUGAAAUGUUCUGUAAGAGGUGACGUUGGUCCUGCUUGCAACUCUGCUGGAAUGAUCGAUCGCUAUGUUCUUGGUAUCAGUCACUUGUAUGCAAAGCCUGUUUAUAAAAAUCUCAAGGAAUGUAAUAUCUCCAGAGAUAAAGUAUUUCCUGAGAGUGCUCCUUCAUGGUGCCAUGCUCCCUUUGAUCCUGAAGGCCUUCUCAGCUCAUUAACAGCUGCAGUGACCUGCUUAAUUGGGCUUCAGUACGGCCAUGUUCUUGCUCAUUUGCAGGAUCAUAAGGGUCGUCUGGAGAACUGGUGUGUCUUCUCAGUCGCUUUCCUUGUCCUCGGAUUGUUCCUCGCCCUUCUAGGUACGGUUCCCUAUCAACAAACCUCUCUAUUCAAUCAGUUACAUGUUGAUCACUUCUGCUACAGCAGGCAUCACAUUCUCCGCCCUGUACUUGUUGGUAAAAACUCGAAGAUCGCAGCAUCACUGUUUCUCAAAUACAACUUGAAUAAUGCAUUCUCAUCCCACAUGAUAUCUUGGGGGAACUUGCAGGUCGAUAUAUACGGCUACAGAUGGGUGACAUUGCCACUGGAGUGGAUGGGGAAACAUGCUUUGAGUAUCUUCAUAGUUGUAUCUUCCAACUUAGCCGUCAUUGUGAUUCAGGGUUUCUACUGGAAAUCUCCUCAGAAUAACCUGAUGAACUGCAUAGUCUCACUCUUUGUGCAUCAAUGAAGACGACUUUGGAUUUUUGUUGGGUGGUUUGCUUGUGGUUCCUCUGAGGAGGGAGUUUUACCACAAGUAUAAUGGUGUGGUGUGUGUUUUUGCCUCCCGCCAUGUUCAUCAGCAGCUUCAAGGAAGGCGAGAGAAGGAGAAAGUGAUUGUGAUCUCUAUAUAUUGGUUUAUUUAUCACUUGAUUCUUUCCCAUAUGAGUUGGCUUGGCUCACUAGCCAUUACAGUUCUGUGGAGAGAUUGAUGGGAAAGGGAAGGUCGAUGACACGAUCAGUUUUGUCUGAUAUGUACAGAGUACAGUGAGCAAGUAGGCAUUCAUGAGAGCUGUAGGCUAGAAUUAAUUAAUUUGCAGACAAUCGAAAAUCAUUAGAAACAUUUGCUCACAGAAUAUAUAAAUGAUGUUGUAUAUGAGAUACUUGAAGUAUCCUGCCCAAGCUAGUCACUUAAUAACUAGUAGUUUUUUAAUUAUUUUUUUAUGGGUUCUUGUACAAAGGAUAGUAGGGAAGAAGAGAAGAGGGUUGUGUAUUACAUGGGUCGAAAAUAGAAUGUUUGGGUUCAAAGUUCAGACUUCGCAAACACAUGACUAAAUGUGUUGGGUAUUAACUUGUAAUUUAGAGAAAAAAGGGGUUUUUUUUUUUGGUUUGUAUGAUAUUAAAUCUUUGAAAUUUCGAAAU